UGAGCUGGUCUGUAAUGAUAGGGCGGCAGCAGCAGCAGAGGCAGCAGCAGAGGUAGUCGGGGAGGUGGAGGAACCAGAACACCAUGACCGAACACACAGGUGUUUCUCAGGAGUAAUUAGAUUGCUGAAGGCAAAAAUAUACCUGAGCAUUUUUACCUGUGAGCCCAGUAACAACUGAGAAGGAAUCUGAAAGCAAAGAGGAAGAGAACCAUCAGUCAAGAAACACCAACAGGCACCAAAGUUGAAAGUUUAGGGGGUUUAUUUUUAUUUAUUUAUUUAUUUUGUACUUUUUUGCUACUUCCUUUUCUCCCCUGCGGGUAACUACAAUGGUCAGAAAGCCUGUGGUGUCCACCAUCUCCAAUGGAGGUUACCUGCAGGGGAAUGUUCACGGGAGGCUGCCCUCCCUGGGCGGCAGGGAGCCACCUGGGCAGGAGAAAGUUGUGCUGAAGAAGAAAAUCACUCUGUUGAGAGGAAUCUCCAUCAUCAUCGGAACCAUCAUCGGAGCAGGGAUCUUCAUCUCUCCUAAGGGCGUGCUCCAGAACACGGGCAGCGUGGGCUUGUCCCUGGUCGUCUGGACCGUAUGCGGGGUCCUGUCACUGUUUGGAGCCUUGUCCUAUGCUGAGUUGGGAACAAGCAUAAAGAAAUCUGGUGGUCACUACACAUAUAUUCUGGAAGUUUUCGGACCAUUACCAGCUUUUGUGCGAGUCUGGGUAGAACUGCUCAUAAUACGCCCUGCAGCCACUGCUGUGAUAUCUCUGGCAUUUGGACGCUACAUUCUGGAACCAUUUUUUAUUCAAUGUGAAAUUCCUGAACUUGCAAUCAAGCUCAUUACAGCUGUGGGCAUAACUGUGGUGAUGGUCCUGAAUAGCAUGAGUGUCAGCUGGAGUGCCCGGAUCCAGAUUUUCCUAACCUUUUGCAAGCUCACAGCAAUUCUGAUAAUUAUAGUCCCUGGAGUGAUACAGCUAAUUAAAGGGCAAACACAACACUUUAAAGAUGCCUUUUCGGGAAGAGAUGAAAGUAUUAUGGGAUUGCCACUGGCUUUUUAUUAUGGAAUGUAUGCAUAUGCUGGCUGGUUUUAUCUCAACUUUGUUACUGAAGAAGUGGAAAAUCCUGAAAAAACCAUCCCCCUUGCGAUAUGUAUAUCCAUGGCCAUUGUCACCACUGGCUACGUGCUAACAAACGUGGCCUACUUCACGACCAUUAGUGCCGAGGAACUGUUGCUUUCGAAGGCAGUGGCUGUGACCUUUUCUGAGCGGCUCCUGGGAAAUUUCUCAUUAGCAGUUCCGAUCUUUGUUGCCCUCUCCUGCUUUGGCUCCAUGAAUGGUGGUGUGUUUGCUGUCUCCAGGUUAUUCUAUGUUGCAUCUCGGGAGGGUCACCUUCCAGAAAUUCUCUCCAUGAUUCACAUCCGCAAACACACUCCUCUGCCAGCUGUUAUUGUUUUGCACCCUUUGACCAUGAUAAUGCUCUUCUCUGGGGACCUCUACAGUCUUUUGAAUUUCCUCAGUUUUGCCAGGUGGCUUUUUAUUGGGCUGGCAGUGGCUGGACUGAUUUAUCUUCGAUACAAACGCCCAGAUAUGCAUCGUCCUUUCAAGGUGCCGAUCUUCAUCCCAGCUUUGUUUUCCUUCACGUGUCUCUUCGUGGUCGCCCUUUCGCUUUAUUCAGACCCAUUUAGCACGGGGAUUGGCUUCAUCAUCACUUUGACCGGGGUCCCUGCCUACUAUCUCUUCAUUAUAUGGGACAAGAAACCCAAGUGGUUUCGAAGAAUGUCAGAUAGAAUAACCAGAACAUUACAAAUAAUACUGGAAGUUGUACCAGAAGAAGAUUGUCAUAAAUAAUGAGUUAAGAUAUUUGAAAUCUUGGCAAUCCAUCCUUGGCCUUGUUUCUUCCCAAAGGGCUAAAAUUUAAAAAAUGGAUCUUCACGCCAUUUUAUGAAAAUCCAGAGGACUGCAACUUUGGAAAUGGACUAAAGGAAUCAGUUAUGUUUAUCUUUUAGAUUUUUCAAACAUGUUUCUAAGAAAUUUAGUUACAACUCAUUGUAGUUAUAGAAAGCUGAUAAACAAUGAUACAGUUCGCGUGAGCAUUGAAUCCCUGAUACCUACCUGUUAGGGAAAAAGACUACAGAAUUGACAGUUACUUUAGUGGUAACUAAACUGGUUAUGUUCUCUGUAACAUAUCCAUGGCUAAGAACCUUCAAAUUGAAGACUGAGAUGUUUUCUGUACAUAUGGGUUUUGUAAAAACAGUUUUUAUAUACUGUAGGUAACUGUACUUUGAAAAGUGUUUUCUACUCUUUUGAUAAAAAGCAUAUGUCAUCAUUAUGGACAGCAGAAAGAAAGAAAUUUAUUUUACAUUGGCAUUGCAUUGCUUCCCACAAAUAUCAACUUAGAUAUUACUCAUUUUAAUGGAUUAUAUACAGAGCAUUUUGAACAAAGAACAGAGGAGGUAUGCCUAAUUUUAAUGAAUUCAUUAAAGAAGAGAUUCUAGGGGAUAUUGUUUUUGAGGCAAAUCUAGGAGUUAUUUUUAAGUAAAAAAAAUUCUUGAGAAUGUAUUAUGUUAGGAUUUUUUUCACUCAAUAUUAGGAAGUGCUGUGGAUAUGUGCCAUUUUUUUUUUUCAUGACGGUCUAUUUGAUCAAGGAAGGAUGUAACACCUUUCUUAGAGCAAGGUAACAAUCAAUAUGGUAAUAAAUCCUCAAGCCCAAUCACUUGUUUCACUAAUAAUUUGCCCUUUGAUGGAUAUAUCUAAAUAUGUACAUUUUAAAUCAUCAAGUUACAGUAACAACAUAGACAGAAAUCACUAGGAAAGAAAAUGCCCAAAAUAUUAUGAUCAGUUCUAUGGUUCUCUAUGCAAUGUUACUGAUUCUAAACAACUUUUAAAUUUCAUAGCCAUUUUUAUAUAGUGAUGAUUUACAUUUCUUUGUAUACUUUAUAUUCUAUUAAAAUAUCUCUAUGGAUAAAAAUAUCCAUAUAAAUUAGGAAAAGAUAUAUUUACAUAAAAAUAAGGGAAGAAAUGUCACUGUUAAAUAAGUUUUGAAACUAAUGUUUCUAAGAAUUUUUCCAUUUAUGUGUCCAGGCUUUGUCAGUAAUUUUCUCAUCUCAAUUAUCAUUCAACUUGUAAAAGAGAUAACUGAUAACAAAUUCACUGAAAGAAGGAGAAACUGUGCAUGAAAUGUGUAUAUUCAGACAGGUUUUAUUUUACUAGGUUUAGAAACUCUUGUGGAACUUUCAAAUAAUAAUAUAAUUUUAACUAUUAUUUACAUAUACCUUGGAUUAAACAGCCAUGGCCAGAGUAUUUUUCAUCCUUUAAUUUUUAUCCAUUUAAAAAGAAUAAAAUUUGGAAGAAUUACACUGAUUAAAAUCAUUAAGAGCAGACAUAGAGUUCACAGACAAUUGAUCAAAGUGGAAUGAUGAUAAUUUGAGGAAAUUCCAAUUCAUUAAUUUCCAAUUCAUUAAUUUUGAUUUCAAAAUUAUAUUCAAUUAAUUUCAUUUAAUUAAGUUUCAAUUUAAUAUAUCCAAGAUUGAAAAUUUUUUCAGCCAAAUUUAGUGUUUGGGUCUUUAAGUAAAUUCAUAAAAAUUCCAUCCUUUUUCCCUUAUCAUAGGUUUUCAUACAGUUUUCAAAAUUUGAUCUGUGGUCCAUGCUUCUUAUAUUCAUUUGCCUAUAUCUCUCCCCACUAAAUUGUUGCUAGAGGUAAAAAUAGAGUUCCUUUAUAUUCUAUUUUUUUAUAGUCAAGGCUCUUAUAAUCUAAAUCAGAAAACUCUUCUGGACUUUUUUGUUCUGAAAUUAAAAAAAAAGUAAGUCUCACAGAGACAUUUGUAUAGUUCUUGAUUAUUCCUGAGGUUCACGUGUUUAUAUCAAAAGUGGCAGAUAGGUCUCCUCAUUUAUUUCCUUAGGUCUGGUUCUAAUUUCUCUUUAAAUAUAUCAUUAUACAAGCUAACUAGAUAACAUACUCAUUUUUUAUCACUUUUAAAAAUGAUUUUUGCAUUGUUAAUUUCUAACACCACUGUAAUAACAUUUUAACCAGAUGGACAGUCAGUCAGUAACUUUUUUUUUUAAAGUGAUGAGGAUUAAGUUGUAUCUCUACUUAUUCUUAGGAUACAUCAUGACAAGAUAGGGGCUUCUGUAAACAUCAAAUCAAUAUUCAUAGAAUUUAUUUGAAAUGGUAUUACGCCAAGCAGAUUAUAGUUUGAACACUCCUGCACUUUUAUAUAUAUGUGUAUUUUUAUACUAAGUAAUUUUCUCAUAUAUUUAGAACAAUUUUUUUCUCAUACAUAUUUUAUAUCAAAAUAUUAUGUGAUAUAUUUUUACCAGUGUGCAUAUUCAAAUGCUGAAAUACAUUUUCUGAGUUCAUUAGAACACAAAAAGUAAAAGUGGCCAAUGUAGUUUAAGACAACUAAUACACUGUUUUCAGAUAUUCUGCUUUUUUGGUACAUAAAUUCUCAAGUAUUUAGUUAUAAAUUAAGCAGAUCUGGUAAAGACUUCCAAAGCUAAAACAAUUUGAUUUUAAAAAUAGAAUGAUUCUCCUUCCACACUUAUGAAUAUUUCAGUAAACAUUUUGACCCCCUUUUGAAAAUAUUAAAUUAGUUUCCUUUGUUCAGUUGAAGAAAACUGUUAUAAAUUGUGACUUGGUCAGCUGGAAGUAGACCCUGUUCUUGUCUUUAGGAGAUUAAAGAUGUGUCCUAGAAAAGUUGGCUGGCUUCAGUACGGACCAUAAACAUGAGACGUGUGUACACACACACACAAGCGUGCAUGUGCUUGUACCAUAUCUCCCUGCUUCUGCUGGCAUAAAAUUAGGACAGAUUAUUAGGUUACAUUAGCAAUUCAUGGCCAUUUCUCUAACACUAAGAUAUGUAAGUUAAAACAACUUUCCAGAUUGUCUUAUGUGUCUGGUCAAAUUGUUUCCCCCAUUGUUAUUUGAUCUAUAAACAGGUGGUUAACAAGAGUAUAAUUACCUAACUCAAUAGAAUUCUGUGUUGAACUGAGUCAGUCUUUAGCUGAGAAAGGGGGCAUCUUUAACCUACACUUGAUUUCUUAUCAUAGAGGUAUAGGUUAUGAAAAGAUAGAAACUAGAGGUCAGAGUCACAGAAAAUGAAAGGUAACAUGUGGCUGGAGUUAAUAUUUUGGUCUAAUUUUUUAUACAAUAUAGCCAAUGAAAUAUUAAAAAUCAUCUGCUGUACACAGGUGGAUAUCCUGAGAUGCUAAUGCAAUGUAAGCUUCAGUGCCCCUCACUUAGACAUGCCCCUUCCAAGGUCCUGUACUUAAUUUUGAAUUGGGAAUUUUUUAUUAAAAAUUUUCUUGAAGAAAAUUAGUAAAAUUAUAUAUACUUCAGGCUCUACAAAACCUGCAUCUCUCCCUGUGAGAAAAAUCAAAGUACUCCCAGUACUUUUUCUACUAGAAAUAAGCAUGAGGUAUUAGUAGGAUAUAUUUUUUAGUAAUAAAGUUGUGAGUUAAUUGAAAUAUCUAUGUAUAACUACAAGUGGAUUUCUCUUACUAUUUCGUGUGAUAUAUAAGGAGAGAGUUUCACGUAGGACAUAUUUCAUGUGUCAGUUCUGAAUGACAGGAAAACAAUAAAUGGGAUUUUAAAGGUAGCUCUUUUUCUUAGUUUGGAAAGAAAUAUAGAUUUGGGGUUUGAAUGCAGAUGAGUCAAGAAAUUUUAUUUUACUUAAGUAACACCUUACUUCAUUUCUCCCUACAUAAUGUACCGUAUGUUGGUGCUGGUAAUGUUUAUAGAGUUACAUUUACUUUCCUAACCAUACAAAGUCAAGAAUUAAAGCAUGGAAUUGUGUAACUGAGAAGAAACUCCUAGAGGAUGUAAACUAGACUAGAUAAUGAGUCAUCUUGACAGCUUCUGUUUACAUUAUUUAUGUGUAGGUAAAAGAAUUAUUACCUAUGUAUGUAUUUUAAGUUAAUUUUUCCAUAAACAGUAUUUUUAAUUUCUCUAUCUAUAAACUAAAAGCGCAAACUCUAGAUAUUAUUAGUACUGUUCUUUAAAAAGAUAUUUUAAUAGCCAAUUGGGGGAGAUAAUCUUUCCUUUUUUUCAAAUUAAUUGGAGUCUUGAAAGUAAAUGCUUGGUCUAUUUUUAGGUCUGAUAAAAAUUCUCAAAGGUAUAUAUACAUCAUGGUCUCAGAGAAAGUUCACCAAUUUCUGUGUGUUGUGGGAUAUUUUUCUUCCCGCCCAUAUCAACGACAUAGUAACUUGAUCUUUUUGAACCAUUUCUCUGUUUUCUUUGAAUGAAUCAGUGAUUCCUUUUUUUUUUUUUUUGAUGUGAUAUUUUCAAGAUAGGAGUGAGUCUUAAUUUAAUUUUAUACACUUUACCUAAUCUUCUUAGUGUGAAAUUACUUUCUUGGAAAUCCCUACCCCAUUCUCUCUGUUAUCAUUGGCUUUAAAAUAUCACUGGAGGAUGGUUACGGUAUCCAAAUAGUUACCUGUUACAUGUGUGUAUUUUGGCUGCUUGGAUCAAGGGUACAUUUUUAGUAUCAGUAACUGCCUUCACAGUUUGUUAACAAUUCUCUUAAGAAACUGUGGAGCAUUAGGUAUCUAGGAGCCAUACAGAUGGGUGCACUGUUUGAAAGGGAGUAUACAUUUUUUUCCCUCAACGUAUGUACUACUGAUUUUAUUUUUUAAAGCAUGGCUUUCAAGUGAAUUAAUUUCUCAGAAGACUUGCUUCCUGAUUCCUUAUUACCUCUUGUUGAAGCCUCUCAAGGCCAUGUGGAAAGCUAGAGAGAAAGAGAGAGAGAAAAAAAAAGAAAAAAAGACUAGUGCACAGUUAUCUCUUUCACAGCAGUGGCUAUAUUUUGAGUACUUUGUGCAAAAAGAUAUUUUCACACAGCAUCUUGUGGGAAAACAGAUUAGGCCUUUAGAUGUUCCAGCUGUGAAAGUGGUUUGGUUUUGGUUUAAGUCCACUUAAAUGAGGAUUGUGAAGUUAGACCCCAUGUAUUCCUACUGAUUAAUAUUCUAUGCAUGCUCGGAAGCACAUUUUUGGCACAGCAGGAGGCAAUGCAAUGUGGUUUUCUGGUUCUAGGAUGGGACCAUAUGUAUACAUAUAUAUUUUUGUCUUUUUCCCACUGCACCUGCGGCAUAUGGAGGUUCCCAGGCUAGGGGUCGAAUUGGAGCUAUAGCCACCAGCCUACACCAC